AUGGAGUCCAAAUCCCCUCCUACACAAGAGGUGUCCGCUGAAACCCCAUCCCAAAGCAGUUCCAUACUUCCGCCUGCUCAUGAAGCAGGAGACAAUGCAACUCCAGCAGAUGUCACGACCAUCAAGAAGGAAGACAAACAAAUAUCAAGCGACACAAACGGCGUUGAAAGCAACACCACAAACGCUUCAAAAGACGCUGUGGUUCCAGUAUCAGGAAGUCCUAGGGACAUUCUAUGCGGACGUGGUCUACACAUCAUGAAUCACCACGGAAACCUCAAUCUUCAUCUGAUCGUUGACCAAUAUCGCCAAGCCUAUCUGUCGUCAACUCGAAGAGAAAAGGCAGCCAUUACUCGAAAUAUCGUUCAACAGCUUAAGAGCACUGGCGCAAGAUUUCUUCGACGGUUCGAUGACGAGAGUGAUGACAAGUGGGUCGAAGUGGAUGACGAUACCGCGUAUAAGAAGGUGAGCCAUGCCUUGCGUCUGAGAAAGAGCUUGCUUCUGAAAACGAGUGAUCAUUCUGGGCAGAACUUCUUGCAACCUCUUCCUGGACAGCAGGCGAAGUCAAGUACCUCGCAACAUUUCGCUGCCAUGCCAAUCGGUCCACAGAAUACAAUAAGUCAUCUGUCAUCGAGCUUGCCUGCUUCGACUGCACUUGCUAUGCACCAGUUGCCUUUUGCUUCACCAGCAUAUCAACGCCUUCAGUUCGCAACCCGACCAGCUUUACCGCUAGGUGUUGGAACACGCCAUGCUCAGUCAUUAUUACAUACUGCUGCAUAUGGCAAUGCAGGAAUUGAUCCUCGCUUAUACGGGGACUCCUAUUCGGUCACACUUGAAUCAAUGGCUCAGUUACAAAAUCGCCAUCGACCAUCGUUCAACGGGAGCUUGAUUGAAGGUCAGAGUUCGAAGAAAAGUUCGCAUGAAGAAAAAUAA